CAGUGUCAUUCAACAACCCAAGUGUGAAGAUAAGUGUGUACACGGUCCUAAGGUUUUCCUAAGUGGAUAUUUAAAUACUGUGAACUUUUCCUUGGAUUAUAGUGUUGGAUAUUACCACAAUGUCUAUGGGAAAGGAAAGUCCGCAUUUAAUUACGGCUGCACCUAGACAAGAACACUUGGUGUGUGCCGAACCCCUUUGUCCCACAUCAGCUGACCCAUAUUCAGGUCGAAUCUACUGUCGUUGUUACCAGAGCCUGGAAUCCCGUGACCCCAUAGGGAUGCCACCCAUGUCCCGGGACCCCUCGGGACUCCCACACAUGUCCAGCCCCUCCCCACAGACACCCUACCCGGGGAUAUAUCCUCCUCAUUAUGGUCUGGAAGCCGCAUCACCCGUCACAAACCCACUGGCUCAUGGUGGUCGCUGGGAUCCAUCCAUGUUUUCUACUUCCGGUUAUUCCGCUCCGUUUCCGGCCGGUACAAGCGUUCCACAGAUGGAGAACGUGCUUCGCUCUCAGAUGUACAAUUACAUGUACCCAGCUAUGUUUGACUUGAGUGGAGCUCGCCGUAAGAACGCCACCCGGGAAACCACCAGCGCUUUGAAAGCAUGGCUUGUAGAGCACAAGAAGAAUCCCUACCCUACAAAGGCCGAGAAAAUCAUGUUGGCCAUUGUCACUAAAAUGACCUUGACACAAGUGUCCACGUGGUUUGCCAACGCCAGAAGGAGACUGAAGAAAGAGACGAAAGGUGAUUGGUCACUGGACAACAGUUUGGACAAUUCGACCAUGUCCAGUGAUGAAGAAGAACGAACAAGCGAUGACCAGGAAUCAAGGGACGAGAUUGCUCAAAGACUUGGACAAGUUCCUGAAAUGUCUCAAAAUCAAAGGACGCCCAGCACGAUGACCUUUCAACCCGCCAACACCGCAUCAGGAACUCUACCCGGCUUCGCUACCUUCACACAAGUUAAACAUCCCGAUACGAACAUUUCUCCAAGUCCAGUAAUGACAGGACAAGUCCCAAAUGUAUACCCCAACAGUCAUUAUUACCAGCCUGGACAUCUUCACACACAUCAUGAAUAUUCAGCGAUGGUCAGCACUCAGGACUUUGGACAUUAUCAAUUGAAACAUGAAGACGUCUCCUCGUCCAGCAGUGAUGACUCCGACAAGGAAAACGCAGACCUGUCAAAAACGAGUAUUUCUCCGAGUACGAGUCCCGACCUUCCCAAAUCCCGGAUCUGGUCGAUCUCCGACAUUAUGGGAGGCAAAGCAUCGCCACACAAUAACACUGUGACGAAAGGCGGUUUGUCCUCAGAGGAAAACAUUGCCUCUUGAUUAUAUCGACUGAGGAGACUUAAAGAAUUCCGCUGUCUAGUGAUGGACUACCUAAAUAUUGAGACACUUGGCCACAGUUCGAGGAUGUACUUUACCUAUAUAUGUGUUAUAUCUGCCAGGUGUUUUUGCGCACGUGUUGUUAAAUGUGACAUUUAGUACCGUUAAAUUGACAUAUACACUUAAUAAAUUAUUGAUUUGAA